UUCUCCCCCCACUCCGCUGGGAUGACAAACAUCUUCUCUCUCUUCCCUUCCCCCCCUCUCUCUCUCCCCUGAUUGCCUUUCCCCUCGCCUCUGUCCGCGAAAACCGCUUCCACCCGCCCAUCUCUCUCCAGUUGUGUUUCUUGGACUCUAGUUCCUGGUGAUUGCUGCUGCCGUCUCGUGCUGUAUCCUUCUGGAUUGAUCGGGUCGCGAGGUAGGCGACGGGGCAAGUCGCUGGCUGCAGGUUUGGUUUCGUCUCCACUCGCUAGAGUGAGAGAGAAAGAGGAGGGCACGCAAAGAGAGAGAGGCUGCUGCUGCUGCUGGGAGGAGGAGGAGAAAUGGGGGAGGCGGCGGUGGCGGCGCCCGGCAAGUGCCAAAAGAGCUACUUCGACGUGCUGGGGAUUUGCUGCCCGUCGGAGGUGCCCCUGGUCGAGAAGCUCCUGCAGCCACUGCCGGGGAUCCAGAAGGUGACGGUGAUCGUGCCAUCCCGGACCGUCAUCGUCGUCCACGACACCGACACCACCUCCCCAUCUCAAAUCGUUAAGGUUCUGAACCAGGCGAGGCUCGAGGCAUCUGUUCGAGCUUAUGGUAGUGGCGCAGAGAAGAUCACGAACAAAUGGCCGAGUCCGUAUGUUCUUAUCUGUGGGGUUUUUCUGGUCGUGUCGCUGUUCGAGCAUUUCUGGCACCCCCUGAAGUGGUCCGCACUGGUAGCAGCAGCUACUGGCUUGCCACCGAUCAUUCUGAGAAGCAUUGCAGCUGCUCGGAGGCUCACUCUGGAUGUCAACAUACUCAUGCUGAUUGCAGUUUCUGGGGCAAUUGCUCUUAAGGACUAUUCUGAGGCUGGGUUCAUCGUCUUCCUCUUCACUACAGCUGAAUGGCUUGAAACCAGGGCGAGCCGCAAGGCGACUGCUGGGAUGUCAUCACUACUGAGUAUGACACCACAAAAGGCUGUUCUAGCUGAGACUGGUCAAGUGGUUGCGGCCCAGGACGUGAAUGUCAAUACAGUAAUAGCUGUCAAGGCGGGUGAAAUAGUUCCAAUUGAUGGUGUUGUUGUCGAUGGAAGGAGUGAGGUUGAUGAGAGUACCCUCACUGGGGAGUCCUUCCCAGUGGCCAAGCAGCCAGAGUCCCAGGUCUGGGCUGGCACACUCAACAUAGAUGGUUACAUUGCUGUGAGGACAACUGCAAUGUCCGAUAACUCUGCAGUGGCUAAAAUGGCAAGGCUAGUUGAAGAAGCGCAAAACAGUAGAUCCAAUACACAGAGGCUUAUUGAUACAUGCGCCAAGUACUACACACCUGCUGUUGUUGUCAUGGCUGCGGCAGUAGCAGUGAUCCCUGUGGCUGUCAGAGCACACAACCUCAAACACUGGUUCCAAUUGGCCCUAGUCCUUCUAGUGAGCGCUUGCCCAUGUGCUCUAGUGCUGUCGACUCCGGUUGCCACCUUUUGUGCUCUACUGAGGGCUGCGAGGACAGGGCUCCUCAUCAAAGGAGGGGAUGUCCUAGAAUCCCUGGCCAAGAUCAAAGUUGCUGCUUUUGAUAAAACCGGUACAAUUACUAGAGGGGAGUUCUGUGUCGAGGAAUUCCAGGCAGUUGGCAGACGUGUCCCCAUGCAACAACUUCUUUACUGGGUUUCAAGCAUUGAAAGCAGAUCAAGCCACCCAAUGGCAUCUGUGCUUGUUGACUAUGCUCAAUCAAAGUCAGUGGAACCAAAAUCUGAUAAUGUUACUGAGUUUCAAAUCUACCCUGGAGAGGGGAUUUACGGUGAAAUCGACAGGGAAGGUGUAUAUAUUGGAAACAAAAGAAUUCUUUCAAGGGCCUCAUGUGAAGCAGUUCCGGACAUGAAAGACAUGAAAGGAGUUACCAUUGUAUAUGUUGCCUGCAAAAAGGAAUUGAUCGGAGUAUUUACUCUAUCGGAUUCCUGCCGGACUGGAUCAGCUGAAGCUAUCAAGGAGCUGAGUUCACUGGGCAUCAAGUCAGUGAUGCUUACUGGGGAUAGCGCUGCGGCAGCUGCAUAUGCACAGAACCAGCUUGGGAACAUCCUAGAGGAGGUUCAUUCUGAACUUCUUCCAGAGGAAAAAAUGAGAAUUGUUGAUGAACUCAAGGCAAAACAUGGCCCUACACUGAUGAUUGGCGAUGGCAUGAAUGAUGCCCCAGCAUUGGCAAAGGCUGAUGUUGGAGUCUCCAUGGGUGUAUCUGGUUCAGCUGUUGCGAUGGAGACGAGCCACAUUACUCUGAUGUCCAAUGACAUCCGCAGGAUCCCAAAGGCUGUACAGCUGGCGCGGAGGACACACCGGACUAUAAUUGUGAACAUCAUUUUCUCAGUAAUUACCAAGCUUGCAAUUGUUGGACUUGCACUAGCUGGACAUCCGCUUAUUUGGGCAGCCGUCCUUGCAGAUGUUGGUACAUGCUUGCUCGUGAUCAUGUACAGCAUGUUGCUAUUGAGAGAGAAAGACGGUCGAAAGGCAAAGAAAUGUUGUGCUUCUUCACAGCAUGGAUCGCACACAAAGAAGCAUUGUGUUUCCCGCCACUGCUCAGAUGGUCCGUGCAUGUCAACAGGCGGUUGCAAAAAAUCAUGCAGUCCACACUCAGCUGCUGGUAAGCACGCUAGUGAUGAUCAUGGUCAUAGCCAUAACCGCUGCAAAGAGCCGAGCAACCAGCAGCUAACUGAAAAGCAUGCUUGCCAUGAUCACGGGCAUAGCCUUAACCACUGCAAAGAGCCCAGCAACCAGAUGCUUACAGAAAAGCAUGCUUGCCAUGAUCAUGGCCAUACCCAUAGCCAUUGCAAAGAGCAAGGCAACCAGCUGCUUAUAGAGAACCAUGCUUGCCACGAUCACUGCAAAGAGCUGAGCAGCCCGCGCUUCACCAACAAACAUGAUUGCCAUGACCAUGAGCAUAACCACUGCAAAGAACCAAACACUUCACAUUCUGGCAGUGAGGGAGCGUGCCAUGACCAUGAGCAUAGCCACUGCGAAGAACACAACCAUUCACAUCCUGCAGGUGAGCAUGCUUUCCAUGGGCAUGAACAUAGCCACUGCAAAGAACCGAUUGCUUUGCAUUCUACUGGUGAGCAUGCUUGCCAUGACCAUGAUCAUGAGCAUCACUGCCAUGCUGAACAGCAAACUUUGCACACUGCGUAUACGCACCACUGCCAUGACCAUGACCAUGACCACGACCAUGUGGAGAUUGAGGAAUCAAGGAAGGACUGCCAUGCUGAGCUACAGCACCACCACAGCCAUUGCUGCCAUGAACCUCAUGAUCAUGAGAACAGUGCAGCUGCCUCAGUUCAACAACACUCGAUAUCAAUCGAUGCUCCAUCUGAAGAUCACGAACAGCAUAGCCACCACGCUGAAGAGCACAAAGAGGAAGACUGUGGGAGCCAUCUGAAGGUGAAAGACUGCGCUCCUUCCACUGACUGCGUCAGCAAAACCUGUUGCAGCAUAACCAGCAGCAAGGGGUGUGGAAGCAAAGACAAAGACAUCUGUUCAAGCUGGCAGGUUGUCUGUGCCAGGGAGGCCAGCCGGUGCUGCAGGAGCUACGUGAAGUGCCCCAGUACGAGCAGCUGCUGCAGCCACAGCAUACUGAAACUGCCGGAGAUCGUAGUAGAGUAAUAUAGACGAAGUGCACACACAUCUCAGCUACUAAGUUAACUCAUCGGCGGAAGCUAGAUUGCCGGUGCGAGGUGUUGGAUCUGGUUAUAUAGCACUGCUGAAGAAACAUGGUGUAGAGGUCGUCUGAAUUUUGACGAAGGGACUCUGCUUGGUUGUUUUUCUUGCUCCGUAUGCAUCUUCUGUAAUGAUUCGAGGAGGUGCGAUGGAGACUAGUAUGUGAUGAGGUGCAGUGGAGAUUAGUUCACCGUAGUGCUUAUACUUAAAGGUGGUGCAAUGGAAAUCAGUUUUAUCUGUGCA